GUUAACGAAAUUGAAGAUAGUAUUUGGUUAACCAUAGAAUAAAAAGUAUAAAGUUAUACGGUUACGUCAUGAAAUUAUUCCAACCGGUGAAAAAGCGGUAUUAGCCAAUAGAAAAUAAGUACUGUUUCUAUGGGCAACUAUUAACAACAUGGACGAAUUUUGUGAAAAUUUGACCGAAAAACUUCGAUGUUUAUCCUCCGAUUUUGAUGAACAGCGAUACGACGAUGAUGAUUUUGAGACUGCAACAUCAGCGGAGCAGAUUGAAGUGGAAGAUUCUGUACAAAAAUGUAUCCAAGUAAUAAAGAAUAUUGUUGAAAUAGACCCAAAGUGCCCGACAUUAUUGAGGGAGAAGCAUUUGCAGUUCCUUAAAAAAGGUUUAAAUGUGUUGCCAACUACAUUGCAGGUGCUGGAUGCAAGUCGAGCAUGGUUAAUUUAUUGGAUACUACAUUCAAUUCAGCUUUUAGAUGAACCCAUUACAGAAGAAUUAAAAACACACAUUAUUGGAUUCCUUCGUUCAUGUCAGCAUCCUGAUGGAGGUUUUGGAGGUGGGCCAGGUCAGGAUGCUCAUUUAGCACCAACAUAUGCAUCUGUCAGUGCGUUAUGUAUUCUGAGAACUAAUGAAGCAUAUGCUGUUAUUGAUAGGGAAAAACUCUUACAGUUUCUGCUGAGAAUGAAAAAGCCUGACGGAUCUUUUACUUUGCAUAAGGGUUCUGAAAGUGAUAUUAGAGGUGUGUACUGUGCUUUAUCUGUGGCAAAAUUAACAAACAUAUGGUGUCCAGAAUUGAUAAAAGGAACUGCUCACUGGGUUUCACGAUGUCAAACGUAUGAAGGAGGUUUUGGUGGUGUACCAUAUAUGGAAGCACAUGGAGGCUAUACAUUUUGUGGGUUUGCUUCUUUAGUUCUCAUGGGUCAAGAAAAUUUAAUUAAUAUUAAUAAUUUAUUAAGGUGGCUUGUGCAUCGACAGAUGAAAUAUGAAGGUGGUUUUCAAGGCAGAACUAACAAGUUAGUUGAUAGUUGCUACUCUUUUUGGCAAGGUGGCACUUUCCCUCUGAUGCAUAGAGUCUUGUGUCUAAUGGAAAAUGAAACAAUGAGCACAGACAAUUGGUUAUUUAAUCAAGGAGCUCUGCAGGAAUAUUUGCUAGUCAAUUGCCAAACUCCUCACGGUGGUCUCAUAGAUAAACCAGGAAAAAACAAAGAUUAUUAUCAUACUUGCUAUGCUCUUAGUGGGCUUUCUAUCGCACAGCAUUUUGCAAGUGGCCACAUAGGAAAAAUUAGAGUUGUUGGUAAUGAAGAAAAUGAACUUUGCCCAACUCAUCCUGUGUAUAAUUUAUGUGUACAAAGUGCAUUAGAAGCUGUGGAAUAUUUCAAGAAUUUGCCAGUCCCUAGUGUACCUUCAGAAUAUCAGAAUGAUUCCAAUAAAAAUGUUUGAGACUUUGUAUGAAAUUAAGAGAAAAAAUAAAUAAAUGUUUUAUAUCAUUUGAUUUGUAUGCUAGAAAUAAAAUUCUCACAUUACUUUUUCUCA